GGGCGGAGCUGCGGCGAGGCGCGGAGCCGCCAUGCUGCGGGUGCUCGGGCUGCUGGGGCUGCUGCUGCCGGGGCUGGCGGCGCUGGAGCCGCUCAGUGUGGGCCUGGCCAUCGGCGUCGCCUCGGCGCUCACCGGGUACCUGUCCCACCAAAGGUUCUACUGCAGCUACGUGGAGUGCUGCCCCAGCGCCGGCCGGAGCCUCAACGCGACCGCGCUGAAGCUGCAGCUGGACACGAAGCUCUUCGGGCAGCACUUGGCCAAGGAGGUGGUGCUGAAGGCAGUGAUGGGCUUCAGCAACAACCCCAGCCCCAAGAAGCCGCUGAUGCUGUCACUCCAUGGCUGGGCCGGCACCGGCAAGAACUUCCUGAGCCAGAUCCUGGCGGAGCACGUUCACCCCGCCGGCCUGCGCAGCAAGUUUGUCCAUCUCUUCCUGGCCACCCUGCACUUCCCUCACCACGACCAAGUCAAGACCUAUAAGGAACAACUGCAGAACUGGAUUCGGGGCAAUGUCAGUGCCUGUCCCCAGUCAGUCUUCAUUUUUGAUGAGAUGGACAAAAUGCAUCCAGGUCUCAUCGAUGCCAUCAAGCCAUUCUUAGACUAUUACGAGCAGGUUGAUGGAGUGUCCUACAGGAAAGCUAUCUUCAUCUUCCUCAGCAAUGCAGGUGGUGACUUAAUUAAUAAAGCAGCUCUUGACUUCUGGGCAAGUGGAAAGCGCAGGGAAGAGAUUCAGCUGAAAGACCUGGAGUCCAUGUUAUCUGUAGGAGUCUUCAAUAACAAGAACAGUGGACUGUGGCACAGCAGCCUCAUUGACAGGAGCCUCAUUGACUACUUUGUCCCCUUCCUGCCACUGGAGCACAAGCAUGUGAAGAUGUGCGUCAGGGCUGAAAUGAUAGCCCGUGGCUAUGCUGUUGAUGAGAACAUUGUUCAAGCAGUGGCUGAUGAGAUGACAUUCUUCCCAAAAGAGCAGAAAAUCUACUCUGAUAAAGGCUGCAAGACUGUACAGGCCAAGUUGGAUAUUCAUGAAGACGUUAUGAUGAGAAAUACAAAAGCCAAGGGUUGAGUACCUGUCAGGACUCCAAAGCAUUCCCAGAGCUUUUGGACAUCUACGAUUUUGCACUUAAGUUUUUUUACUGUUGCAGGGAGUUUGGUGAAAUACCAGAGUGCGCUGUGUGGGCUUUUUAACUGCAGUUGUAUUUUGUGGUUUGUUCUUUUUUUAAACUUAACGUAGAAUCACAGAAUGGGUUGGGUUGGAAGAGACCUUAAAGCUCAUCUAGUUCCAACCCCUUGCCACAAGUAGACACCUUCCACUAGACCAGGUUGCUCAAAGCCCUGUUCAACCUGGCACUGAAUAUCCCACUGAUCAUCUCUGAACUGACUGGUAUCCAGAUGUUAUCCCCUUUAGUUUCCUUUUAAUCUAGAGAGACUUUUCGAGUGUGUCACAUACAUAGCACUGGAUACAGUCUCUCCUGCUUUAUUCUUCCAAGUGCUAGGCUUAUAAAGAAUUUAAUUCCUCUUUCCACUAAAACUAGACAAGGGCAAAGAAGAACAGAGAAAUUCUCACAGGCAGUCAUAUCCCCUUCCUUGUACAUUGUCUCAGUCAUGGGCUAGUGAAAUGAAGGGAUGUGUGGUGUGUUCAGGACUAUGACAGUGUCUGAAAGGGUAAACACCUUGAUGCAUUGGCAGUAAGAUGGCAUGGUGAAAGGUGGGUUGCUGCUUAGGGAAAAAGAAAUUGUAAAAGAAACUUUAUAUUCUUUAACUAAAGGAGCUAUGUGAAAUUGUGUGGUUUUCCUAAGCAGAAGGACCCAUCUGAGGAAUCCCACUGCUACAAUGUCCUGGGCCAGCCUACUGUUCAUAAUCAGAAAAAUCUCUUAUGAGGAUCUGACUUACAGCUUGUCAGGUGAAUCUGUAUGUGGGCUUCUGGGCCUGAAGUCUGCAAGGUCUUUAGCAGUCACUCUCAGCUGCACCCAGUAGUCCAGCAGUGGGUAACUCUACUCUCAUCUUGCUUGGAAGACUUUCAUGGCAAAAGUCACUUUAAAAUGUGUACUUUUAUGCUGAAGUGCAAGCAACAGCAAUAGAAAGCUCUUCCUGGAAAGCCCCAGAGAAGGGAGUAUGGGAAAUGGGAGCAAUCCACAAUCUCAUACCUCAGUAGGUAACUAAGUUUUAUAUAAGUUUUUAACGUUCAAGAGUAACUGUGUGGAAGGGUGGGGAAUUAGGAAGCUUGGAAAGACUGAGUUAACCUACACCCACUGGUAUGGCUGAAGUUUAAAACUGUUGCAAGCUUUAACUUUCAUCAUCACUUGUGGAUCAAGUAUUGUAAUGCAAGACAGAAGUGCCUAUCACUUGUUGAUUGUAGUGUGUUUUCUAAACUGGUAAGAAGAAUUGGGCUAUUUUUGUGCUGCAGCAUGUGUUGUUCCCUCACUUGUACUUAAACUGGCUUUAAGAUAUGAUGCAGAACUUAACAGUUCUCAAUGCUAUUAAUUCAAAUUACAACAGAGAACUUAGCAUUUACGCUAAGCAUUAACAUUUAAAGUGUCAAUUGCCGUUUACAACCCCACCCGGAGUUUGUCAAGUGUUGGCAAACUGCUCACACUGAUGCAAUCUCCGGAGCCAAAGCUAGGUAGCCGUUAACCUUGGGACGUUGGACUCUUUGUUUCUUCAUGGAUCAUGUUUUGCCUGUUAACUGAUUCACAUGCUGCAUCCAGUUUCAGUUACUCCAAAUACAAAAUAUUUGUGCAAUUUCAAAACACUUGAGUAUUGCUACUAUAUAGUCUGAAUAAAUCUUAAGUCACGUUUC